AUUAAAAAGAAAGAGGCUCUCCAAAUACAGAUCUGACUGGCAAAUGGAGCAUGACAGGAUCAGUCCUGUUUGUGGUGACAAGUGAGGUUGAACCGUAUAGUUUGCCACAGAGAAUUUCUGUCAUUCAUGGUUGACUGUUUGACCAGAAGCAACAAUCUGCAGGGAACCAACAUGUCCAACCAGCACAAGGUCAGGGGACACUGAGUGGAGUCAAAGGAAACAAAGUGGACACCCCAGAGACUUCCCCAGAGGGAGAUAUGAUGGAGUCCUCCUCCCAGUCAGAGAUCUCCGCCCCAGUCAUCUUGGGCUGCAGCUCUGAAGCCCGGAUGCUCCGCCAUGCCGACUCUAUCAGAGAACGGAAUAAUUUAUUCACCAACCUGCCUGACGCUGGGCGACUAGGAGUUCACUGAAGAAGUCAGCGAGACUGUUUGGAUGGGAGAGAAGCCUUUAUCGUGGAAAGACUAUCACGGAACAUCUGCGCUGUGGUUGCUUGCGUGUUUGUGCUGCUUGCCACCGUUGUGUUGAUGUAGGGACACUUGUGUGCUAGCUACGCUAACGUUAGCUCGAGUAGAGAGAGUACGCGUUAGUGACAGUCCGGCCGGAGGCGGGGAGAACUGUGAGGUGAGACUGUUAGUUUGAUGGUGACUACACUGUUGACUGUACGCGAAUAGGUGGCCAUCUGGUAGAUAGUAUCACUUUCAUAAAUGUGACUCAUGCUUUUGGGAGGGGGUCCAGGCGGCAGCAUUUCGAGAUCCAGAAGAAUUUCCAUGUCUGCAUCAGUUCUGGAAACCAAACAAGAUGUCUGCUGAUGAGGAUAGUAUAAAAACUGGCAGUCCACAGGCCAGCUCAACAUCAUCUCUGCAGCUUUCAGAAUGCAGUGGAGGUUACAGCACUAUAUCUGUGAUGGUGGACGGUACGGCUGCCACCCCCGAGUUUGCAGCUGCUUGUCCUGUCCCGGGUACAGCAGCCUCACCAAAACACACCAGCACAAUUGACACUCUGACAAACUCAGAUGACAGCGGACAGAGAGCCAGAGGGAAUGAGAAUACCAUUGGUCGCAGGAACAGCUUCCAUCAUUCCAAACAACAGCAACAGACAAAACUAACAAAGCGCCGCAACACAGCAAACUCUAGUUUCAAGCAUCCGGCAUCUGGCAAGAGGAGACGAAGGGCCAACUCUGAGAGUGACUCCGUCCUGCCUACAAAUUUCCUCUUAGGUGGGAACAUUUUUGACCCACUGAAUCUCAACAGCCUGCUGGAUGAGGAUGUCAACAGGGCACUGAAUGCAGAGACACCCAAAUCCUCCCCGUUACCUGCAAAGAGUCGAGAUCCUGUCGAGAUCCUCAUCCCCAGAGACAUCACAGAUCCACUGAACCUGAACAGUGGGAUAGCAGACAGCAGCUUUUUGGUGUCCCCCUUCAAGAGUGGUGGCAGGAGGAGACACCGUAACAGACACCAUGGAGGAGGAGGAUGUGGAGGUGGGGUUGGUGGUGUAAGUGGGAUCUCAGCUGCACAGAGCAACCUCUCAGAUUCAGCAAAAAAUGAGGUAAAAACAAGCACCUCCGCACUGGUUCCAGGUAUGUUAGCUUCAUGUUCUGUGCUGGAUGUCUCCAAAGAGUCCAACAGUUUCUCCAGUGUCACAGGGGAUUCCCAUGUGCACUCAGCUGACAACUCAGCCAGCUGCAAGGAGGAGAUGGCAUCUGUAACUAUGGAGGAUUCCACCUCCACUGUAUCAGGGGGACCAAACCAGCACACAAGCAGACGCAAGCGUCGGCGCAACUCUGGCAAAAUGGAUCCCCCUGUGACUCAUUCUACACCACUUGGAAAGUCAGGAUCUGGAGACAGAAGUUGUGGUGCAGGGGGUCAGAGGAACUCUCAGUUGUUCCAGACACCAAGGAGUGGGCCCAAAACAGGUCCAGGAGGUCGCCAACACCAGCAGCCCCACAACCAGGCAAAGGAGCAACAGAAGAAGAAGUUCCAGUAUGGGAACUAUAACAAGUAUUAUGGCUACCGCAACCCAAGCAAUAGUGAAGACCCACGGAUACGUCUGCUUCGUCCGGAAUGGUUUGAAGGUAAAGAUGUUCUGGAUUUGGGAUGCAACUCAGGCCACCUAACACUCUACAUUGCCAAAAUGCUAAGGCCUGCCCGCAUAUUGGGCCUGGACAUCGACAGUGGAUUGGUACAUGCAGCCCGUAAGAACAUCAGACAUUAUCUGUCUGAACUGCAGACCCAAGAGGCCAGACGUGCAAUGCAGAGCACUAAACAAGAGGAGAGGAAUGGAAAUGAAAGUCACACAGGCGCAGACAAAAAGCACAAUGAAGCUGAGAGCAGGGAUGAAAAUGGGAAACCAGUGAAAGGAGAAAGUGGCCCUGCAGAGACUGUAAAUGACAAUGACUCCUGUCACACAGAUGAGACAGGGACCCAGAGGCAGGACAGCAGAACUGAGGAAAUGGAGCAGGGAGAUUGUGAUUUGCCCCCCGCAGAUCACUCUGUGAGCUGCUCUUUUCCUGUGUCCUUACGGAUCUCCAGGGGGCCCAUUGCUGCUCCUCCACUAACAGAAACAUCCACGACACGGCCCGGGGAGUUCCCCUCAAAUGUGUCCUUCAUCAAGGCCAAUUAUGUACUGGAGAACGAUAAUCUUCUCUCAACUCAGCGGCCAGAAUACGACGUUAUCAUGUGCCUGAGUGUCACCAAAUGGGUUCACCUGAACUGGGGAGACAAUGGCCUCAAGCGGCUCUUCAAGAGAGUCUACAGACAUCUCCGUCCUGGGGGCAUGUUUAUCCUGGAGCCACAGCCCUGGGAGUCCUACGUGAGGAGGAGGAAGUUGACGGAUUGUAUUAGCAGGAAUUACCACAGUAUCCGCCUCAAACCUGACCAGUUUUCAUCAUACCUUACAACGGAGGUGGGCUUCAGCAGUUUUGAGUACCUUGGGGCCCCCAAGUGUUCAGUAAGAGGUUUUCAGAGGCCAAUCUACUUAUUUCACAAAUGACCGCUCCUGCCUUGAAGAUCUUUGAAUGUGAGUAGCCUACACCACCACCAUACAUACAAGUCAGCCAGCUGCUCCGGACUGUGAGGAAUCCUCUGAAUCCAUAACAGUUACUCCCGCUAUUAAGCAGGGCUGAUGAUGACAUUCAGAAAGGAGAAUGGGACCAAAAGUGGAAUUCAUCUCGUGAAGAUGAUCUGUGGAGAAGAGGCACCUAUCAGAAUCUUCUGGGACUUCAAAUUCUUAAAAGUAUGGAGUGAACUCAGAUAGGACUCCCCACAUCCCAGUUUGGCCAGACUGUGGAAGAGGUGCUCAUCUCAUCAUUUCCUUGGAAUGUCUUAGCGCUGAUGAUGCCUCAGUUUGAUGCAUGGCCAUAACGUGUUUUAGUAUCUUGGGCCAUAUUGCUCUUCUUUUGCAACUUUAUUCUGUGCCACCACAUCACCAUACAUUUGUUAUAUAUGUUAGGGUUGGGUGAUAGGACAGAGACCGAUGGUGUAGCUCCGUGUGACCAACUGUAUGUUGUGAAGCUGCAGGAUACCACUGCAUUAGAAAGCCAUUAUCAGUUCAUACUGACAUGAGGUCUCCUGACAGGCCUCACUGGAGUGCAGGUAGUGUGUGUUAUGCUGUUUAAGAUAUCAGAUGAAUGAUGAAAUGUUGCUGGCUUCGUUUCCAACUACUGAUGGCACUGAAAUUAUGCUCUUAGUGGUUCAGUAGCUGCAUCAGGUUGAAGCCUUGAAUCCUGUUGCGAGAGACAUAUAAAUGCAUAUAUUGUGGUGAAUUUAAAACAGCCAAAUAAAUUCCAUCAGCCCUAGAUUCAGUAUGAUGAUGUAUUUGUCCUAUCUCCCAGCCUUAAGUUGUUUCGUCAUUAUUUUGCAAAAUAGGCCUAAGAGCUGAAUGAACUUUAAUGUGUUAGAAAAUGUAAGAGUUUAAAUUUUGAAAUGGGUCUAGAUGAAAAUCUCCUAAAAUGCACAACCCUUAUGAGGAGAUGCAUUGAAAACAGCCAAAUCAACAAACUAACUAGUGAAAUAGUGAUAGCUUACCCAGUGCACUGCCAAGUUUUUUUGUUUGUUUGUUUUUUGACGGUAUUGUUUCUGUUGUAGUCCUCGAAUAUUAGACUCUGUAAUUAUAACAUGGAGACAGUAUUUAGUUUUAGCAGGUGUACGACCACUGGGAAGAGAAAGAAGUUAAAAAAUGAGAUGUCUACAUUUUCAAGAAAGGAGAUUUGGCUGUUCUGAAUGUAAACUUUCUGCCUUCAGGUCUUUGUUUUUUACAUGAAAGUAUGAAUCAUUUAGGAAACUACAAAUUACUUUAUGGGUCUUUUUGGUGCUCCAUCCAAAUGUUAGGAUGCACAUUUGAGCUGUGGUGACACCCAUGUGUCGGCUCAGCUCAAAGUAAUUCAGCACAAGGACUAUUUUGCAAGGUAGACCUGUAGCAUGGCAUGUUUUGUUUUUUUUAUUUCUUUCUCUAAUGACCGUUAAGCCAUAGCCCUCCUUUAUCUGUUGUUUACAAUGUCACUCAUGAGGUGCUUGACUGAGUGUAAAUGGACUCAGAAGCCUGUUAUUACAGAGUUACUACAGCUUCUUCAGUGCUGUAUGAACACACACACACACGCACACACAUUCUUUUGUGUGCUCGGUUUAUCUCUACUGGACCGGCAUCAAUUCAAACAGCAUCAGAUUCACCUGUAAUACUUCUCUAACUCCUGAGUUAGACUCAAAUUCUAUAAAGCUUAACAAAAAAAUUGUACAAAAUGGGUUGUUUCUAAAAGUACCGAAAUUGUUUGACUUUAUACCGUUAAUAUGCUGUUUGUAUUGACGUGCUGCCAAAAUAUUUUAUGGGUCUUUUUCUCUUGAAUUUGACAAAAUAUGCCAUCAUCAUCUUGGUCUUUGGCCUAAUGAGGACACUUAUGAGUUGCAGGUAGUCAGUGUUUGUGAGUGUAUGUUCAGUGGUGUGCGCUGUAUGCCGCUCUUCUACAAACUUUCAUGUUAAGUGGCUGGGACGGAAAAUCUUUUUUUUUUUUCCUUCUUCUUUCUUUUGAGACUGCUUCAGCAUAUGGGAUACAAGGAUGGGAGAUGACAGAUGAUACACAUUUCUGUGUUAAUAAGUAAUUGAUGUAAAUAAGUUUGCAAAUUUUGUUUUACUGGUGUCAAUAUUAACGGCUCGUGUCAUUUUCCAGUGGAAUUUUUUUUUUCUUCUUUUGUCCUCUUUUAAAAUGUUUGCUGCCAAGUUCUGAGUGCGUCACAGGUCAGAAUUUUUGUUGCUAAAUCAGCUCUGUAACAACAAAUUAAUAUGUACAUUACAAAGUUCUGAUGUGUUUGCAUUGUUCUGUCCUGGCAGGCACACGGAUUGUUAGAUUGGCAUCUUUAUUUUUUUAUAAACUGUUUGAAAGGA